AUGAGCCCAUGCCUCAAGGAUAAGUAUAGACGGCAGUUGACGGGAACCUGUGACAAAGUUCCCUGCCACAAAAUAUUCUGUCGAUCUGGACUAGGAAACGAGGCUGCCGAGGAGCUGUCAGAGCUGCUUUCGAAAUACGGAGACGUGUUUUUGUGUGAAAACAUAUGCAAAACCAUGGACCGUGCCUCUCAUGUAAACUUUGGCAGAAAUGGAAAUGUAUUCCUAGAUUUCUUCUUUUGCCUAAGCAAGAUGGGGUCGAGAAGAAAUACAUCUUCUGAAGAGAGCAGGUCUGGAAGUAGAAGCGAAACAUCAAUACUUUGCAUCAAGAACGAGGAGGGCAUAAAGCUGGAGAAGAAUGGAAUGCAGUCUGUUGAAUGGGCUAGGAGGAGGUUUAGGAAAAAAAGCAUUCCCUCAUUCAAGAGCAAGACUGGAAACAGAUUUGGAUGCCUGAAAAUCAACGAGAUGAAAGAUGAGUUUGACGGUGCAACCAGGCUUGACCACUCCAUUUGUACACUAAUAUCUGGGAAGGAUGGCGUCACUGCGGAGGAUAGAUAUAUCCUUAUUGGCGUGCUUCAGCUAUUACUCAAGAAAUACGAAGACUCACUACACCUUACUCUUGGAAUGGUCAUUAUUAGAAUUUAUUGCUCAAUAAGUAAAUAUGGUGAUGUCGAGGAAGUGUACUACCCGAUUUUAUACAAGAUAUUCCACAACAUCCGUGGGUUGUACAGUGAGAUGCUCAAGAAGAAUUCGCUCAGCGAGGGAAUUACAUGUAAGGGGGAAAAGAUAGGCUCGAGGGGAGACCAUCCUGUCUGCAUAUACCUGCCCAGAUUUACAAAGCUUGAUCUUUCUAUGCUUGUAGAUAAUAUAGCAGGAAUUCUCAACUCCGAAGAGACUGCUGACAACAGAGAAAGCAAGAGAGUUGAUAACCUACUGAGCAUAUUGCAUUUGCUCUACCUUAUAAACGAGGAGUGCGGGAUACUUAGCUAUAAAAGAUUCUAUUUGGCAUCCUUUUGCACCCGCAUGAACUUUCGUGAGGAGUUUAAGCACUUCAGAGCAAAGUCGAAGACACCCCUCAACUUCCCCUUUAUCCUUCCGGUGCACAUCAAAGCUGAGCUUAUCAAGUAUGAAAACAAUGACAUGAUGAAGACCUCUCUGCAGGACUCGUUUUUCAAAUCUCUGUUUGAGGGGCAUGUGGAUCCGUAUCUGUUUAUCACUGUGAACAGAGAAACAGUAUAUAGAGACAGUAUUGAGAUAUUCAAGAGGAUGAAUCCGUUGAAUGCAAGAAAGCAGCUUAGGACCACAUUCAGAAACGAGGAGGGGGUGGACUCUGGAGGGAUAAGAAAAGAGUACUUCCAGCUAUUGAGCCAAGAGAUAAAGGAGGAUGGAAGACUAUUUGAACACACAGAAAAUAGAAUCUGGAUCAGGCCGCACGAGGGAGAUGAAGAGGAGUAUGAAGCCAUUGGAAGAAUAAUUGCCAUAGCACUCUACAAUAAUGUUGUCCUUAACAUUCCUUUCCCAAGCUUGUUUUUCAAGAAGCUCCUUGGCAGAAGACCAACUCUCGAUGACCUGAGGGAGAUAUCCUCUGGAAUAGCUACAUCGCUGAGGAAUCUGAGAAGAUUGUCAAAAGAUGAAAUAAACGGACUAGACCUACGGUUUGUUGCCGAGCACAAUGUUGAUGGGGCCACGAGAGUAUAUCCUCUUGUGAAGAACGGGAAGAAUAUAAGGCUAACAUCGGAAAACAUGAGGCUGUUUAUUGAGAAGUACAUCGAAUUCCAUACAGACACCCUUGUAAAGCCUCAGUUCGAAGCCAUUCAAAAGGGAUUCUAUUCCAUAAUAGAUAGAGACAAGAUGAUGUAUCUUGACCCAAAGGAGCUUGAGAAGAUAAUGAUGGGGUCAAAUACAUUUGAUAUCAAGGCAAUAAGAUCCUCUGCUACGUAUUCUGGAUACAGAGAGGAUUCCCCCAUCAUUCUCUACUUCUGGGAAAUAUUCGAAGGAUUCAACAGGAAGAAAAGAAAGAAACUUCUUCAAUUCAUCACGGGAAAUGACAGGAUACCUGUUUCAGGCCCUGCAUCGUUGAAGCUUGUCAUAAUGAAAAAUGGAUGUGAUACAGACAGGCUUCCUUCUUCGCAAACGUGCUUUAAUACACUCCUGCUUCCUGAAUAUUCAUCUAAGAGCAAGCUGGAGAAAAAGCUCGAAACCGCCCUGGAACUAACAGCAGGAUUCUUCCUACUCUGA